CAUGGCAGACGUCGACUCGGGUGGAAUUGAAAAGUUUAUGCGAACGGGAAGAACGGGUCGUCGCAAUGCUUUACACGAUAUUCUAGAUGGAAGCGGAACUACCACUGGUGCCGGUAAUUUGCCUUCACAACUCGCCAAAUUAAAGUGUUCGGACGAAGAAUCCUCAGAGAAUUCAGCGGUCAGUGAAAAAGACGAUUCGAAGGCGUCUAGCGAAAAUGAUAAGAAAUCGUAG